AUGAAGAUUGAGAAACAGAAAAUUUCGUUACCUGUAAAAAAUUACGACAUUACAAUACUCAAAUCGAAAGAAUUUGAACCUGUUAUUGAACCUGAUUUAAAUGAAAUUUCCACCUUCAAUGAGUUACCAAACUUGUAUUUAAAUAAGUUUCAUCCUUCAAUUAGAGAAUAUAUAGAAGGAAAAAUUAGUGAUACAGAAAAUGCUUAUGACAAUACAUUCGGUGUUUAUUUUAGCCCCGAAUUUCGUGAUUGGGCUAUUGGUGACUCACCUAUAAUAUUCAAGGAGAGUGGUAACGUAGAAGUCAAAGAAAAAGAAUACGAGGGAACUAAAGGUCUUUAUGAAUUACUUUUUAAGCAAAAUCCUAUAGAAUUUACACCACAGGAUUCAAAUAAUUAUAUAAAUAUUAUUAAGAAGAGCAACGCACAGUUUUUGGGCUAUGAUCCAUCAAGGGGUUUAUCGACUUCAAAUGCUAAAAAGUUUGUAGAAAUUAUUAAACCUAUUAUUGAAUAA